AUGGAGAAACUUGAGGAAAUUCAUGGAAACAAUUGCGUGGAUCUAAAGAUGAUUCCUAGUGAUAUCGGGAGACUACCACUCUUGAAGAUUUUGGCAUUAACAGCAACUUUUGUGGAGAAUGUACCAGAGCUUCCACAAAGUUUGAUAAGUCUAUGUUUGUCCUCAAGAGCCGUAGGAAAAGUUCCAGAGAUCUACAAUCGGGUGAACCUUCCGAGCUUAAGAAAUCUGGAAUUAUGUUUCGGCAAAGACAAUGAUGAAACCUUUGUCUACUAUGAAUCAAAGCGACAACCCCACGCUUUCAGCUCAUUGCGUAUGAAACUUUUGAAUAUUACUAGCGUAACCUCAUUUGGGGCUUGGUUUCAUUGUGCAAGAGAACUUGAACUUAUCCAGUGCGAGACCCUAUGCCAGAUUCAACAUCUUCCCUCCAGUUUGAGGAAACUGAAAAUUAGGGAUUGCAGUCUUCUUGAAGUUGUCGACCUUUCCAACUUGGAGAAUUUGUUGGAGCUAAGUCUAUUAAAUAAUCAGAAUUGUCAUAUUCAAGGGCUUGAAGGUUUAGCAUCGUUGCAAUGCUUAAAAGUGUACAACUGCAGGUCAAGCAAGUUCAACGGGCUUGAAAGACUGAAGAAUCUACGGCUCUUGCUGCUUAAGAUGUGUCCCUCUCUUCAAACAUUGUCCAACUUAUCUAACUUGAAAAAUCUCAAGGAGUUCAAACUAUGGGAUUGUCCGAAACUGGUUGACAUUGAAGUUGUCGACCUUUCCAACUUGGAGAAUUUGUUGGAGCUAAGUCUAAUCAACAAUGAGAUUUGUGAUAUUCAAGGGCUUAAAGGUUUAGCAUUGUUGCAGUGCUUGAGAGUGGACAAUUGCAAGUCAAGCAAGUUCAGCGGGCUUGAAAGACUGAAGAAUCUAGAACUCUUGCAGCUUAGGAUGUGUUGGUUCCUUCAUACAUUGCCCAACUUAUCUAACUUAGAAAAUCUCGAGGACUUCGAACUAUGGUAUUGUCCAGAACUGAUUCAGAUUGAAGGUCUUGACAGAUUGGAAUCACUAGAAAGGCUUGAUAUCCAAUGUUGCAGUUCCUUGCGAAGCUUACAUGAUGUAUCCCACUUGAGAAAGCAGAAGAAACUGCGCCAGAUUCAGCAGCUUCCCUCUGGUUUGAGGGAACUCAAAAUUAGUGAGUGCCAUCUUCUUGAAGUUGUCGACCUUUCCAACUUGGAGAAUUUGUUGGAGCUAAGUCUAAUCAACAAUGAGAUUUGUGAUAUUCAAGGGCUUGAAGGUUUAGCAUUGUUGCAGUGCUUGAGAGUGGACAAUUGCAAGUCAAGCAAGUUCAGCGGGCUUGAAAGACUGAAGAAUCUAGAACUCUUGCAGCUUAGGAUGUGUUGGUUCCUUCAGACAUUGCCCAACUUUUCUAACUUAGAAAAUCUCGAGGACUUUGAACUAUGGUAUUGUCCGGAACUGGUUCAGAUUGAAGGUCUUGACAGAUUGGAAUUACUAGAAAGGCUUGAUAUCCUAUGCUGCAGUUCCUUGCGAAGCUUACCUGAUCUAUCCCACUUGAAGAAGCUGGAGAUGAAUUGGCAGUGA